AUGGAAGAAGGAGGAAACUUUAUAGAAAACAAAGUAUGGCUCAACAUGACACAAGCUGUUGUAAACGUUUACAGUAAUAAGUUGGUGAUUGGUUUCUAUGGAAACACUGGUCGUUUUCAGUUUUUGCUUAUCAGUGUAGCUUUAUCUUAUGGAGAUGUAAACACAGUGAAGGAGGCAACAGAUCGUUUCAACCAGUGGAUACAGAACACAGAUAAUAUUGAUCCUGAAUUACAAGGCAGAAUAUUUAAUGCAGGCAUUAUGUAUGGAUCAGAGAAAGAGUGGACGUUUGUGAACAGCCAGUACUUGACUGUUUUAGGACCUUCAAAGCGGUCACAACUGGUGAAAGCUUUGGCUGUUGGCAUGGAGAUUUGUGCAGAGAAACUGGUCCAAAUUAAGAAAAUGGUGCAGCAAUUUUUCAAAGAGCACGAUGCUGGAUCAGGAACUCGAGCAGUACAGAUAGCCUCGGAGAACAUUCAGAUGAACAUCCAGUGGCUAGAGCAGAAUGGACAGACCGUCCAACACUGGCUACAAAGGAACUCGGAAUGA